AUGCUGAGCAAGACUAAAGGGAAUGGGCAAGACUUCAUUAAUGAAGUUGCGACUAUUGGAAGGAUUCAUCACAUUAAUGUUGUGCGACUAAUUGGAUUCUGUGCAGAGGGAUCAAAGAGGGCUCUUCUAUAUGAAUUCAUGCCUAAUGGAUCUCUGGAUAAGUAUAUAUUUGCUCAAGAUUCUAACAGCAACAAUCUAAGCUGGGACAAGUCGUAUGAGAUUGCCAUAGCUAUUGCUCGUGGGAUUGAAUAUCUACAUCGAGGUUGUGAUAUGCAGAUUUUUCAUUUUGAAAUCAAGCCCCACAACAUUCUUCUUGAUGAGAAUUUUACUCCAAAAGUUUCAGACUUUGGGCUUGCAAAAUUAUAUCCAACCGAUGAUAGUAUUGUAUCUGUAACUGCUGUACAAGGAACAAUAGGGUACAUAGCUCCUGAACUAUUUUACAGAAACUAUGGGGGUGUUUCAUAG